AUGGACAUGUCAGAAGAAGCAGCUGGCCAAUCUAAGAUCCAGGAUGAUGAUUGUUGCAUUCUUACUGUGGACUCAAGCAGUGAUGAAGAGUUUGAGCCCUUUGGAACCAAAAAGAAGGAGCAGAAAAGGAACUUUAGCUAUGUGGUGAUUGACUCUGACUCUGAAGACGAAUACUUCAGUGAUAAGGUCAGAGCUCACAUAUCUGACAUCAGCAGCGAAGGCAAGUAUACUCAUGAGAUUCUGGAUGUGUUAUCAGACACCGAGGAGCAGCCAAUAGUUAUUACUGAUGAUGACAGUGAUUUUGAGGGCCCUGUGCUCAUAAUAGACGAGGAUUCGUAUGAUCAGGGCCAAACUGCCUCAGAGGAAAAAGAGAUGGAGGUCUUCAGUGUCUCCCAAAGCGGUUCCUCUAAUGAUGCUGGGGAGCUGAAUCAUGGUGAAAAUCUGGGCCAGCCACCACGCGGUGCCGAAGCCGAGGUAGAGAUUACAGAUGACAAGCCCGCACCUGUGGUGGAGCAGCCACGGAAGAGGAAGAGUAAGACCAAGAAUAUAUGUGUGACACCCGCUGUGAGACUCUCCAAAAGACGUGCGCCUACAAAGAAGAAGCCCGGUGCAGGGAAAAUUGAAAAACGCACGCCUGGGAAAGCGACAUGCAAAAUACCUGGAUGUUUCCUGCGUGACCUGGAAAACGCGAAGCAGUAUUCUGGAAGGAAAUUCAAGCAAAAUAAGGAUAGCCUGGUUCAGAAAAUCUACACCCUGUUUAACAGCUCGGUGUUUAAUAAAAAGCUACCAGAGAAAAUUGAUAUUGGCUGGAAUAAAAAGAUGCUGAGGACCGCUGGCUUAUGCACCACGGGUGAGACCCGUUACCCUAAGAAGCAGCGUUACGCGAAGAUCGAGAUUUCCCUGAAAGUCUGCGACUCCGCAGACCGUCUCCGGGACACUUUGAUCCAUGAGAUAUGCCACGCAGCCUCCUGGUUGCUUGACGGCAUCCGUGACUCUCAUGGGGACGCAUGGAAGUAUUAUGCCAAGAAAUCGAACAUGGUGCACCCGGAGCUGCCCAUGGUCACCCGCUGCCAUAACUAUAAGAUUAACUACAGGAUCCAUUAUGAAUGUACUCGGUGCAAAACCAGGGUCGGCCGCUAUACCAGAUCCUUGAACACCGAUCGCUUUAUCUGUGCCCAGUGCAAGGGGCCUCUGGUCAUGUUGCCGCUAACUCGCAAGGAUGGAACCCCCAUUGCGCCCCAUGUGAGGCCCUUUGCUAAGUACGUGCAGGAGAAUUAUAGAACGAUUAAGCAUGAGACGGAAGGGAUAAGCCAUGGGGAUGUGAUGAGGCGGCUGAGCAAGGAUUAUGCCGAUAAGCAAAGGCAGGAUCAUUGA